CAAACACUACCUUACGCCCAUUCCACAUCUUGUCUCAGUACCACAUAAAACGCUAAAACAACAUCUAAGCCUUAACCAUGAGAAUCAAAACCACCCUCUUCUUUUGGUCCUCUGCUUUUCUCAUUGCACUUCUUUCUAUUACAGUUGCCCUCUUUACUAUCUCUUCUUCCACUGCCACUAUUACUCAAGGUGACCUUGAACUGGCCUUUCUCCGAAGGAUUGUCAAGCAAAGCGGCGUAGAGGACUUCCUGUCUCUUUUAAAUCAAGCCACUGAUAGAGCAUCCCAGAGGCACCACCACCACCACCAUCAUCAUCAUCGGAAGCCUGAGGUCAUAUGCGAUGAUGCCAAAUGGAAGUCUAAGAUCAUUUCGAGUUAUAAUGUUUCCCUUAUUUUGACGGUGGAUUUAAAGGGUUGUGCAAAUUUCAGCAGUGUGCAGAAGGCGGUAGAUGCUGUUCCUGAUUCUAGCCUCUCCAGGACCCUCAUCAUUAUGGAUUCCGGCAUUUACAGGGAAAAGGUAGUAGUGGGCGCUAGCAAGACGAAUUUGAUAUUUCAAGGCCAGGGUUAUCUUAAUACAGCCAUAACAUGGAACGACACUGCAAAUUCUACUGGAGGGACCUCCUACAGCUAUUCAGUGGCCAUCUUUGCUCCCAACUUUACAGCAUACAACAUUAGCUUUCAGAAUACAGCUCCUCCAGCAUCACCUGGCGAUGUUGGAGGGCAGGCAGUGGCGCUUAGAGUCGCAAAUGAUCAAGCCGCAUUCUAUGGUUGUGGAUUUUAUGGAGCCCAAGACACGCUUCAUGAUGAUCGAGGGAGGCAUUAUUUUAGAGAAUGUUUCAUCCAAGGAUCCAUUGAUUUCAUCUUUGGAAAUGCUAGAUCCCUCUAUGAGGAGUGCACAAUAAAUUCCACAGCGAAAGAAGUCUCAUCUGGAAUAAGCGGAGCGAUCACAGCUCAAGGGAGGCAAUCAGUGGAUGAGAAAACAGGGUUUUCCUUUGUAAAGUGUGUAAUUGGAGGAACUGGAAGAGUGUGGCUUGGCAGAGCUUGGGGAGCCUAUGCCACUGUGGUUUUUUCUAACACAUACAUGGCCGAUCUUGUAGCUUCAGAUGGAUGGAAUGAUUGGAGAGACCCCUCUAGAGACCAGACCGUCUUCUUCGGAGAAUAUGAUUGCAAGGGACCAGGAUCAAACAACACAUACAGGGUGUCCUAUGCAAAGCAACUGAUGCAGUCGGAAGCAGCCCCUUACCUGGAUGUUUCAUACAUUGAUGGAAAUGAAUGGCUUCUUCCCCUUCCAAAGGAUCCAACAAAUGAAAGGCACAGAAAAAUAUGUCACGCAUGCAGGGUUCUGUGCCCCGAAAAUCACUCGUGAUGGUUCUGUUGGAAUAGAAAGGCGCCUUUUGAUGCUACGGUUGUACCCAAACCUAUUGUAAUAUCAUUUACCACACCACCCUUUUUCUUUUA